AUGUACAGUACCACCACAAACAACACCAUCAACACCAACACCACCACCAACACCAACACCAUCAACAACACCAUCAACACCAUCACCACCACCGUCAACACCAACACCAUCAACAACACCAUCACCACCACCAUCAACACCAACACCAUCACCACCACCAUCAACACCAACACCAUCACCACCACCAACAUCACUAUCAACAAUAAUGACAGCAACAGGCCUGAUUAUGACUGUCGAAAUGAAGAAAUUGGAGUUGGAAAUACAAAUGACGUAAAAACAGGAGUCUGUGGAAUUGGCACGAAAGGCACCAUAACUUACAAAUGUGAAUCACGUGAUUGGAAACCAUUAGAGGACAACUGUGUACUUGAAGUUAUCGACAACCUUAAAAACAAACUUGAGUCCUUGCGUGUGGAGGAGAUUCCAGGGUUUAUGGCUGACCUCAGUAUUGCCACAUCAGAGAAUAAUAUUAAUAUAACCCAGUCUGCUGCUACUGUCCAAGCAAUUGUUGACAUACUCUUUAAAAUUGCCGACUUGUCACAAACUAUUGUCAUCAAAAAAAUAGUGAUGGAGAGUUUCCUAAACACAGUGGACAUUAUUGUAUCAGAUAACAUCAAUGGAGAUGUGGUUGUUGUUAAGGUUAAUGAAACUCUUAACAACAUAUCUUUUGCAUUUGACAUUACUGAUCAGUCUUUGGGAAAUCCUCAGUGUGUCUUUUGGAACUUCAAUCUCAGCAAUUGGGAUUCCACUGGAUGCGAAGUAAAGCCCUAUAUAAGUAAAGGGAAUGAAACUGGCAAGAUUACAUGUGAAUGCAACCACACAACUUCCUUUUCAAUCUUAAUGUCACCGUUUUCCAUUGAUCACGAAGUCUUAGACUUUAUAACUUACAUUGGCGUAGCUAUUUCAAUGGCCAGCUUGAUUAUAUGCCUGAUUAUUGAGACUAUCGUAUGGAAAUCAGUGAGAAGAAAUGACACAUCCUACAUGCGACAUGUCUCCAUAGUUAACAUUGCCGUGUCCCUGCUGAUCGCAAACAUCUGUUUUAUCAUUGGAGCUGCAAUCGCAGAACAAGAGCAGCCACCCUCAGUGGGUCGCUGCAGUCCAGUGGUUUUCUUCAUGCACUUUUUUUACCUGGCUCUUUUCUUCUGGAUGUUAUUGUCAGCGCUGUUGCUCUUUUACCGUACAGUCAUGGUCUUGUCUCAAAUGUCAAGGGCCAAAAUGAUGGUCAUUGCCUUCAUAGUUGGUUAUGGUGCACCUUUGCUCAUAGCGGUCAUCACUGUUGCAUCAACAGCUGGACCUAAAAAUUAUAUUUCCAAAAAAAAUGCAUGCUGGCUGAACUGGAACGAAUCAAAGGCCCUGUUGGCAUUUGUGAUCCCAGCUUUCACUAUUGUAGCCAUAAACCUUGUAGUUUUGAUUGUGGUUCUGUACAAGAUGUUGAGGAGAGGAGUUGGUGCCGCAACUCAACCAGAUGAGAAACAUGCCCUGGUGGUCAUUGCCAGAUGUGUGGCCAUUUUAACUCCUAUCUUUGGUCUAACAUGGGGAUUUGGCAUUGGAACCAUGGUAUCACGUGACUUUGGUAUUCAUGUGGUGUUUGCACUCCUCAAUUCACUGCAGGGAUUCUUUAUUUUGGUGUUUGGUACGCUUUUAGACAGCAAGGUUCGUGAGUCACUACCAGGAAAACGGUUGCUACAGAAACUCAGUUCCAGUCGUACCAAGAGCACCAGUGGAGGAACAUCAUCCACAUCUGGCCUGCCUUUCUUGCGAAGGAAGCAACGGAGGCAUGUGUACAACGUAUCCGAAACCAACCUUUCCUCAGCAGUUACAUCUUCAGACAGCUCCAGUGGCUCAUACGCUGUUAUGAACACUUAAAGCACCAAAAUGUGUUUCUGUUACUAUGACAAGCUACAUGUUAGCUCUUUUACUGUACAGCCUCCAAUAAAAUAUUGUAAGAAUAAGAAUAACUGUAAGGGCAUGGUGAGUGUAAGGGGCUUUUACACAGGUUGUUUAAAAAGAUUCUUUAUUUUUUUGUAAUAGCAAAAUAGCAUCUAGGGUUGCAGUAGUAUCGCGAUAUUAUUUUUUUUAAACGGUAGUAUAGUCAGUACUGCAGUAAUGUUCUAUAUGUGCGUCAGGUAAACUAUUUAAAAGGUUAAUUUGAACACAUGUAUGCAAAAACAUUACAAGAGAGUCUUUCUGCAGCCUUUCUGUUGUGUAUCCAUUGCUCGAUCAUUUGACCAUUUCUAGAAUAGGCCUAGUUGGUUAGUGUCACG